UAUGAUGAUUUUAUAAAAAACUUAUGUUCAUUAAGGGCCAGUUUUUCAACCCCGGGUUUAACUCGGAAUGAAAAUAAGGAGAGUGCCGAAAAUACAAACUUUAUUGAACUCAGUGGACGACGAUUAGUGGACCUAAAAUUAUUAGAUGAUGAGUUGUGGUGUAAGCCUUGUAAUCAAGCUUUGCGUCUCCGUCAUUCAGUGAAUGAACUAAAAAAUGGAUCAGCAAGUAUUUUUCAAGUUAAAUGUACAACUUGCGGGAAUAUGUACCCAGUAAACAUAUCAGCUAUUGAAAAAAAUUGA